CCGAGCUCCGGUAACUGGCCAUGGCCUCCAAACUGCUGCGGGCCGUGGUGCUGGGACCCCCCGGCUCGGGAAAGGGGACGGUGUGCGAGAGGAUCGCCCGUAGUUUUGGGCUCCAGCAUCUUUCCAGCGGUCAAUUCCUGCGGGAGAAUCUCCGCGGGGGCGGCGAAGUUGGCAUCUUGGCAAAGCAGUACCUUGAGCGGGGCCUUCUGGUGCCAGACCACGUCAUCACCCGCAUGAUGAUGACGGAGCUGGAGAAGCGGCGAGAGCAGCACUGGCUGCUGGAUGGUUUCCCUCGGACGCUGGGGCAAGCGGAGGCGCUGGACAGGAUCUGUGAGCUGGACCUGGUGAUCAGCUUGAACAUCCCCUUCGAGACGCUGAAGGAUCGCCUGAGUGCCCGCUGGGUCCACCCUGCCAGUGGGAGGGUCUACAACAUGGACUUCAACCCACCCCACGUCCAGGGUGUUGAUGACCUGACAGGUGAGCCGCUGGUCCAGAGUGAGGACGACAGACCUGAGGCCGUGGCUGCCAGGCUCAGAAAAUACAAAGAUGCUGCAAAGCCAGUGAUAGAGUUGUACAAGAGCAGGGGCAUCCUUCACUCCUUCUCAGGGACAGAGACCAACAAGAUCUGGCCGUAUGUGUACACUCUGCUUUCCAGCAAGAUCCCACCCGUCCUCUCAGACGAGGAGAACUAAACAGCUUGUGCCAAGGAGCAAGAUUUCAUUUGACUACAGAUUUGGGUUCUCUGCACAGUGCUGGGGCUGUGCUCAGAUUGUGUGGCAUCUAAAGUCUCCUCCCAACGUGUGCUGGGUGACAUUGGCAGAUAUAUGAUUAUAGCCAGCAUCAGGGUGAAAAGAUCUUUGCUUAUAAGGCCAAGCUUGCUAGAAUAAGGGGUUUUUCCCCUCUUUUGAGGCUAGAAAACAUUCCUGCCUAUGGGUCAACACUCUGAUCAGUGAUGCAGACCUGGCUGAUGAUCGUACCAGGCUUUCACAGCUUGUCCUGAUGUCCUUGCCACCCCAGUCUCUGGUUGAGCCAACAAUGUGCCAUCCUGCUGCUCCACAAUCCUGUUUCCUGCAGAUUACCCUCUAGGCUGGGGUGGGGUUGUUGUGGUUUGUUUAUUUUCUAGACACUACUUUCUAUUAAAUUUAUUUCUCAGAGAAAUAAAACUCUAAAAAGGCAGAUUUAGCCCAGUGGGAACUGGUGAGCAACAUGUAAAAUGCCUACACCAUGAUGCUCAGAGAUGUGAAGAACACAUUUCCAGUAUUAAUAGACACAAAAGAGGGGAAAUCUGGGAGGUGAAGCACCCACUUGGGCUUCUUCUGUGAAACCCCUGUUAGAAAAAGCUGCUGUACAGUCUACUUUUCGUGAGAUGCUGUGACCCUGAGUAGGAUAUCUGCUGGGGAUGAGUUGCACCUCUUUGUGCUUACUUUGUUUAUAGCUUUUAAUGCUACAAGCUAGGAGUUUCUCCCAAAGAUCUAUUUUAAUGUGUGCUUCAGAUAUGGGAGAGAAAUCAAGUCACUUCUGUGCUGCCUUUGUCCUUCAGAAAGACAUGGACAUGGUUCCAUAAGUGGUUCCUGCUGUGGCUGCAGCAUCCCUGGCAGAAGCAGCUCCUUCCCCAUAAACCCUCAGAGGGAUGAGAGUCUUCCCUUCCUUGGGACAUGAGCAGGGGCUGCUGAGAGUUGUUCCCAGGUGUAUCCCCCAGAUUUACAGCAUGCCCUGAGCAUCUUGUUCCUCUCCUCAUGUCCAGGAGCUUUGUGGCUGGGUGGCUUUUCUCAACUGGAACUACUGUAACCCUCUUUGGUGGUAGGAUGCAGUACCUAAGCAAUGGGGACAUUCUUCUUGUCUCCUUGAGUUGCCUUAUUUUAUAAACUAUGUAUUUAAGAAAAAAAAAAGCAAAUGUGUAUUUUUAAAGGUUUCAAAACAAAAGAAGUGCUGAAUUUUAGCACUGAUUUUUGGGAGCUGGGAACAAAGCUGCUUGUGGUCACAGGGCAUGCUCUGGUCUGCCACGGGUGAAGGGCAGAAAUGCUGUCACUCCCUUUGAUUUAUUAGAGCAGCCUGGGCAAGUUUGUGGCUUUGAAAUGUGGCUGGGUUUAUUUUUGCUUGGAGAGUGGCCCUGUGGCAAGAGAAGGGAGAUCUGACUGGCUUUUGGAGGGAUGCAUGGGCUCCCUGAGCCAAACUUCAGCACAUCCUUGGGAAUCUUUUCUCCCUGCUGAGCCACCUGCAUCACGAUGCUGUCAGAGGAGCUGCUGAUGUUUGCUCUCGUUGUUGGAGGCACUUUUUCCAUGGUGUUCUCCUGAGAGCAGAGCCAGAAGCCAUCAGGCAUCUUCUGGGUGAGCUCUCUGCCCAUGUGCUGCCUGCACUGGUGAAAGCCAUGAUGCAGCAGGAGCAUCUCACUCUGGAUGGGAAUUUCCCAGGUGGGGACAGAGGGACAAUUACAUUUCACUGCUUGUCCCUGGGGGCCUUUCCAUUCCCCCCAUCAGAACUCCUGGUCUGAGCAUGCUAAAGCAGACUCAAAUCUUCCACCCUGCAAUGAAAAUCCUAUUUAAGAAAGAUUUUAGGUUUUCCCAUGACCCUCAGACAAAGGUCUGGGCUGUUUUUAAACACACAGCUAGAAAUAGCCCAAGUGUGUGUGCUCUUUGCUUUCUAAUAGCCUUGGGACAGGAGGGCAGGAGGUGAUGGGAGGGGUUUUCAGGCUGUCAAAGAAGCCUGGCCACAGUGGGUGGCUCUGUUGGAGCUGAGUGCCCAGCAGAAGGGGGCUGCUCCCUGCUUUCCAUUGCCUACCUCUUGUACUUUCAUCCUUCCCUAUGGAGAAGCUUGCCCCAUGCAAUGCCCAGCAGCAGGACAGGGCCUGCAGAUGGCUUUGCCCCAAGAUAACUACCCAAGAGCUUAUUCUAAAGGCUUUGAGCCCUAUGGUGUGUAUAGAAGUCCCUUGAUGGUGCAUGCAUCAAGCCUGGGGAUAGAUUUUCCUUCAAGAGUUGUCAUAGGGUGCAUUUUGCAGAGACCAAACACCAGCAGGGAUGAGGUCCUGGAGACUUGUUGUCCCUGGCCUGUCCUCCCUGCUGUUCUCUCCUUUUUACUGUGAAUCUCAAUCCUUUUCUAAAGCCACAGCAAUUUUGUACCGACCCAAGAUACUGUGUGCUGGGAGGAGGGGCUCCCUGCUAUUGGGGCACCCCUGGCACAUCAGGCUGAAUUUUCUUCCUGGAGUUCUUUCCCAGUGACUCGCUGCAGCUGUG